AUGCCAGGCGAGUUUGCCAAUACGUUGUUUGUUGAAAUGGUCUCAAGAACUCAUCACGGAAAUACCGUACUCAUUAUUACGAUGUCAGUUGAAGAUUCUGAAGAAAAUCUAAAAUCCAAGACUUUAAGCGCUUCGAGCGACCAAAAUGAAUCUUCUGAGGUUUCUUCAGUUCAUGAGAGCCAUUUGCUCUCGCCAACUGCAUACGAGCUUGUCAAUUGGAAGUCCAUUGACAGUGGUAGGGUUUCACCGCUUGACUCUAAAGGACGUGCCCGAAUGGCAGUUGAAGGGAAAGAUGUUGAUCAAGGUAAAGAUGUGCCAAAAAGCUCUACACAGAAGUCUGAACCCUGCGUUGGGGGCGUCGACUACGUAAUAGAGCCCGCAUCACGAAGCAAUGAUAAUCCUUUCAUUAAAGCCACAUCCUCGACCGCUAGAAGCAAGCCUCCAACACCCGAAACUCCAAAAGAGCAGAGGCUUCUCGUCUCGAAAAUUUACGAUAAACUGCGAGCAGACUUCUUGUAUUUAUUGAGUCCGACGGGAGACGUCUGGGGCGAACUGUCCGUUAUUAUCUACGUGGUUCAGCUCAUCGUCGCGACCCUGGCCGUGGUUAUAAAAGAACUUCUACUCAAAGAAAACCUAGCCAGAAAAAGUGCUGUCUUCGCUACGGAAUUGAUACCCGAGAAUCUCAUCGACUACGCUUUCUUUACUCAAUAUAUACCUUCCCAAAACCGCUAG